AUGAAAAUUUUAAUAAUAAGUAUAACUUUUAUUUUUACAAUUAUUAAUUGUAUUUCACCUCCACCUAGUAGUCAUUUUGGUGAAAAAUGUAGAUUAUGUCAUUGUUAUAUAAAAUAUGAUGAUAGAGAUUUUGCUGUUAAUAUUAAUCCAUAUAAAAAAGUUGAAAAUAGUUAUGAUGCAACUGAAGAUGAUUGUUUAAAAUUAUGUUGGGAUGAUGAGAAUUGUAAAGCUGUUACAUAUGGAAUAAUUGGUGGUAAACAAGUAUUUACAUGUGAACUUUAUGGAACUGGUAUAGUUCAACAACCACUUUAUGUUCCAUAUAUGAAUCUUUAUGUUAAACGUCGUUCAGGAUGUCGAAUGCCAUCACACGUAUUUUAUAGAAAUCUUAUCUUAACUGAAAGUGAUAAAUCAAUUGAUGAAAGAAAAGCCAAGUAUGUUAAAAUGAAUAAGAAAAUAAGUGCUUUUAACAUUGGAAAAUAA